UGCCCUCCAGCACUAUCAGCAGCAACCCCUCAACAGCAACAUUGUACCCAUCAGCUCUCAAUGCCACCGUGGCUGUUCAGAGAGGAAACAUCAGUCCUGGUUUCUCAGGUUCUUAAUCCUGAUCCGCCUCAGAGCACGUCAGACUGGAUCGGUAAUCACACCAGCAGAGCCAGGAAGUGUGGUUCCCAGGGUUCAGAGCUGGACGGCUCCCCUGUUGCCUCUCUCAGCGGGGAUCAGUCCAGUCUGGGCCUGCUGCAGGCCAUGUUGGGUCAGGUGGAGCUGGAUUUGGUUGCACUGAGCCCUGAUACAGCAGCAACAUCUGCACAGAGUCCCAAAAAGCACAGGACACAAAGUCUCACUGGAUUUUCUGUGGCCUUGGUCUCUACACUGGGACGUUUGGUGCACAUCCUUAAAAAGGAAGAUGAAGCUCAGAAGGAGGCACAGGAGAAGAGAAAACUGGAGGAGGAGCUGAAAGAGCAGCAGAGGCUCAUUGAUGCUCUCACUGCUGAAACCAUGACUCUGAGAGAGGAGGCUACAGCCCUGCAGGCAGGGUUACAGCAGCGGACGGCAGAGCUGGAGCGGAAGUUGGACACAGUGGUGUUGGCGAUGGGAGGGCUCGGACUGCUGAGUGAACACAGUGGCCAAACCCCACACUCUGAGGUUAAAGUUGCAGGCUGUCAGUCUGCGACGGGUGCUGAGCGAGUACCUGUUUCCUCUGCUGUCCUCCUCUCACCACCUCAACAGCGGGACCACUUUCAGCAUGUUCCUGCAACUUAUCCUGCGCCACCGCACCAGCAGCUUCCUGCUGUCGAUCUCCUGCACUCCUAUGGGGACCUCCGCGCUCACAGCUCAGACUCUAGUCUCAACAGUCUGCCCCUAGUUCAGCUUCCCUCUGCUUCCUCGCUAUCGCUGACCCCUGACCCUCUUCGCUCACAGAGGUCUCCGGGCACAGUGCUAGCUGAGAUUGCUCAGCUGAGCAGAGAGACCGAUCUUAUCAGGGCUCAACUCAGCCAGGCAAAGGGCCUCGGGUCAGGGGUCAGAGAAUCGCUCGACAGUGGCAAUGAGAGAAGAGGGUUGAGCUGCAGCAGCACCGGGAGAGUAACACCUCAGAGCGCUGCAGAGAGCAGGAUGUCUGGGUCCAGCUGUAAAGAGAGGUGUAGCCAGCAUGUGUGGACUCCUGAAGAACAACAGCUGACUCAACAGGCAACAUCACUCAACACUUUCAGUGCAAACAGUGUGGAGCAACGCCUCCUGGAGCUGAACAGGCAGAGCGCUGCAGCCCGAGGUCGACUACUGGAAAUAAUCGAGCAACAGAAGCAAAGUGUUUCAGCCAGAGUCUCACCCUCUGUCUCCCUGAUCCCAGCUUCUGCCUUCAGCCCGAAUCCAGAAUCCACGGAACGCCUGGAGGCAUCAGAGCUGCUGCCUGAGCGGGAGCUCCGGUCACACAGUGGUGGCGGUGAGGGUGAGAGGAGCACCUUAAACAGACACAAGGUGAUGAUGUCAGGAAGAAGAACUGACUGAAGAUCACAUGAUGUAGAGGAUUAAUUAUCUUUGCUGCAGGUUUGCUGGCUCUGAUGCAUCUUCUUACAGUUUUGGAAGAUAAACUAGGGAUGGCAAAACACAGGUACACACACGCACAGAUAUCAGUAUUUGAUGAAAGGUCUGCCCCUCACAAACUCCUCCCAGCUGACCCAGUUAUAAUGAGUUUGGUGGUAAAGAUGUGUCGAUAAAAAUUAUGAACCAAAAUUUUUAUCCAUAUUCUGUUUACAUUUAAAAAAUAUUGCUUAUAGCACCAUUUAAUCUAUUUAAUAGCAGUAUUUCAAAGCCUGAACUUAUUUCAACAUGAAAUACUAUCACAUAUAGAUUGUCUGCAGUCAAAAAUCCAGUGUAACCUAAAUUUGUUCCAGUAUUAUUCUUGAAGUGGUUUUAGCUGCGACACAAACAGUAAAGGCUUUAGAGUGAAAGUUGCUUAUUUUUCUGGAAUUGAAAACUCAGUUUCUAUCUUUAGGGUUAAGACUGGAGUAAAGCCGUAUCCACGCUGUACUGUUUAAUCAGUGCUUCUCUUGGG